ACUGGUGUUCCCUACGUCAGCGCAGCGAGCGCGAUGUCGGGAGCGAGCUCGGACCGCCGAGUUGCGUCAGUGCCGAGCGCGUGUUCGCCCCGGGCGCGCGCGUCCCUUCCAGCUCUGGGGCCCCGGCAGGGUUGGGAAGUGAUGGAGCGGGCGGAGGCAGAGGCGACCGCGUCCUGAGAGGAACCUGCGGAAGCUGCCGAGAUGGGAUCGGGCGCGGGCUCGCGCUUAGGGGCCCUCCUCUUCCAGUGGCUGCUGCUGUUUGGCUUGGUGGGCCCGGUCCUCGGCGGGGCUCGGUCAGGCUUACAGCAAACCUCACAUCUCUCUUCUUAUGAAAUUAUAACUCCUUGGAGAUUGACUAGAGAACGACGAGAAGCCCCUAGGCCCCAUUCAAAUCAGGUAUCUUAUAUCAUUGAAGCUGAAGGAAAAGAGCAUAUUAUUCACUUGGAAAAGAACAAAGACCUUCUGCCCAAAGAUUUUGUAGUGUAUACAUACAACACAGAAGGGGCUCUGAUCUCUGACCAUCCUGAUAUGCAGAAUCAUUGUCAUUAUCGGGGCUAUGUGGAGGGAGCUCAUAAUUCAUCCAUUGCUCUUAGCGACUGUUUUGGACUCAGAGGAUUGCUACAUAUAGAGAACAUGAGUUACGGGAUUGAACCUCUGCAAAACAGCUCCCAUUUUGAGCACAUCUUUUAUCGACUGGAUGAUGUCCACCAAGAGCCUCUGAAAUGUGGGGUUUCCAACAAGGAAAUAGAGAAAGAAACCAUAAAGGAUGAAGAGGAAGAAGAGGCUCCUACCAUCACUCAGCUUCUUCGAAGAAGGAGAGCUGUCUUGCCGCAGACCCGCUAUGUGGAGCUGUUCAUUGUCGUAGACAAGGAAAGGUAUGACAUGAUGGGAAGAAAUCAGACUGCUGUAAGAGAAGAGAUGAUCCGUUUAGCAAACUACUUGGAUAGUAUGUAUAUUAUGUUAAAUAUUCGGAUUGUGCUAGUUGGACUAGAGAUUUGGACAAAUGGAAACCUGAUCAACAUAAUUGGAGGGGCUGGUGAUGUGUUGGGGAACUUUGUACAGUGGCGGGAAAAAUUUCUUAUAACACGUCGGAGACAUGACAGUGCACAGCUAGUUCUGAAGAAGGGUUUUGGUGGUACUGCGGGGAUGGCAUUCGUGGGAACGGUGUGCUCGAGAAGCCAUGCUGGCGGGAUUAAUGUGUUUGGGCAGAUCACAGUGGAGACGUUUGCAUCCAUCGUGGCUCAUGAGUUGGGUCAUAACCUUGGAAUGAAUCAUGAUGAUGGGAGAGAUUGUUUAUGUGAAGCAAAGAGCUGCAUUAUGAAUUCAGGAGCCUCAGGUUCCAGAAACUUUAGCAGUUGCAGUGCAGAGGACUUUGAGAAGUUAACUUUAAAUAGAGGAGGAAACUGCCUUCUUAAUAUUCCAAAGCCUGAUGAAGCCUAUAGCGCUCCUUUCUGUGGUAAUAAAUUGGUGGACGCUGGGGAAGAGUGUGACUGUGGUACUCCAAAGGAGUGUGAACUGGACCCUUGUUGUGAACUAAGCACUUGCAAACUUAAAUCAUUUGCUGAAUGUGCAUAUGGUGACUGUUGUAAAGACUGCUGGUUCCUUCCAGGAGGUACUUUAUGCCGAGGAAAAACCAAUGAAUGUGAUCUUCCAGAAUACUGCAAUGGUUCUUCUCAGUUUUGUCAGCCCGAUGUUUUUAUUCAGAAUGGACAUCCUUGCCAGAAUGACAAGGCCUAUUGUUACAAUGGCAUGUGCCAAUAUUAUGAUGCUCAGUGUCAAGUCAUCUUUGGCUCAAAAGCCAAGGCUGCCCCAAGGGAUUGUUUCAUCGAUGUGAAUUCUAAAGGGGACAGAUUUGGCAACUGUGGUUUCUCUGGCAAUGAAUACAAGAAGUGUGCCACUGGAAAUGCUCUGUGUGGAAAGCUUCAAUGUGAGAACGUACAAGACAUGCCUGUAUUUGGAAUUGUGCCUGCUAUUAUUCAGAGUCCUGGUAGAGGCACCAAAUGUUGGGGUGUGGAUUUCCAGCUCGGAUCAGAUGUCCCAGAUCCUGGGAUGGUAAACGAAGGCACAAGAUGUGAUGACGGAAAGAUCUGUAGGAACUUCCAAUGUGUAGAUGCUUCUGUUCUGAAUUAUGACUGUGAUAUUCAGAAAAAGUGUUAUGGACAUGGGGUAUGUAAUAGCAAUAAGAACUGUCACUGUGAGAAUUGUUGGGCUCCCCCAAAUUGUGAGACUAAUGGGUACGGCGGAAGUAUGGACAGUGGACUUACAUACAAUGAAAAGAAUACUGCAUUGAGGGAUGGACUCCUGGUGUUCUUCUUCUUGAUUGUUCCCCUUAUUGCAUUUGCUGCUUUCGUCUUCAUCAAGAGAGAUCAACUAUGGAAAAUGUACUUAAGAAAGAAGAGAUCACAAACAUACGAGUACUUAGAUUUUUUCUUUUAAAUUCAUAUUAAAUAA